UAAUUACAAACCUACAUGCACACUUCGUGCUUCAAAGCAACUUAACCAAGACCAUGACUUCUUGCUGAAGUUGCCCUUUUUUUUUUUUUCUAUUGUCUAAUUUGCUCAAAUUCUUUCUUUACAAUAUCUCGUAAAUCUCUACCAAAGCAACACCUAUGAGCUCGAGGGUGAACCAUGACGCUGAAUUUGGGUAUGGUGCUGGUCAACUGAACCCAAGAAAAGCAGUGAACCCAGGAUUAAUCUAUGACAUGGAUGAAAUGUCUUAUAUCCAGUUCCUAUGCCAUGAAGGGUACAAGGAAUCUUCAAUAGCUGUUUUAAUUUCUGAGAAAUCAGUAAAUUGUUCAGCAUUGCUUCCGGGGCUUGGCGUAGAUGCUAUCAACUAUCCCACCAUGCAGCUUCACAUGAAGAGUGAUCAAGAGCCGACAGUAGGUGUUUUCCAAAGGACAGUUACUAAUGUAGCCACACCUCAAUCCAUCUACAAUGCCACCAUUAAAGCACCAAAAGGAGUGGAGAUUACUGUGAAGCCUGCCAGUCUCACAUUCUCUCCUGCCCUGCAAAAGGGGAGCUUCAAGGUGAUUGUCAAAGCAAAACCCAUGGCAAGUGGACAAAUGAUAUCAGGUUCACUCAUAUGGAGAAGCACUCGUAACAUUGUAAAGAGUCCAAUAGUUGUUUAUAGUCCAGAAGAAAACUAA